AUGAUCACUGUUAAUUUUAAAUUCUCUUUCAUUGCUUUAAUUGCACUUCAAGGUGUUAAAUUUCAACACCCAUCAAGAAAGAUUCGUUUCUUGUCUUUCUUAUCUGUAAAAAUUGAUCCACAAAGGCAUCACUUAACAGUUAAUCUGCACUUAAACUUCAUCUUGAUUAAUAAGUUAGAAACAUUGCAAGUUAAAUUUAAUGACAAGCAGUGCCACCCUCGUCAUCAAAACUGA